CCCUGCUCAGGGAUAACGACGGCGAGGCCAUAGACUUCCCAUGUCUUUACUUUCAUCCAGUGGUAAUCAUCUGCCAAUAGUAAACAUGGCUGCAUUUCCCUUCGCGCUUCGCCUUCAGCCAGUAGUAAGCAUGGCCGUAUCUACUUCCGGUAGGCUAGAAGUCAGGGGUUACACAAGAUGGCGGCCCCCAUAAGCGGUUGACGCGUGAAGCGGAGGAUGUUGGCGGCGGCGGCGGCGGCAUCCCGGGCUCUGCUGGGGCCGCGGCUGAGGCGGCCGGUACCGGCUCGCGAGCACUGGAGACCGGCCGGCCGUUCACGGAGCCGGCGAGAAGCGGCCGAGGCCGAGGCGGACGCUCCAGUGUUCCAGUACGUGGGCGAGCGCGCGGCUCGCGCCGAUCGCGUGUUCGUAUGGGGCUUCAGCUUCUCCGGGGCUCUCGGAGUGCCCAGCUUCGUGGUGCCGUCCUCGGGGCCCGGACCGCGCGCCGGCCUGCGGCCCCGACGCAGGAUCCAGCCGGUACCCUACCGCCUGGAGCUGGACCAUAAGAUUUCCUCCGCUGCCUGUGGCUAUGGAUUCACAUUGCUGUCCUCGAGAACCAAGGACGUGACAAAAGUCUGGGGUAUGGGACUCAACAAAGAUUCCCAGCUGGGUUUCCACAGGAGCCGGAAGGAUAAAACCAGGGGCUAUGAGUACGUUCUGGAGCCUUCGCCUGUCCCGCUGCCCCUGGACAGACCUCAGGAGACAAAGGUGUUGCAGGUGUCCUGCGGUCGAGCACACUCCCUUGUCCUGACAGACAGAGAAGGUGUCUUCAGCAUGGGGAACAAUUCCCACGGGCAGUGUGGACGGAAGGUGGUGGAGGACGAAGUGUACAGCGAGAGCCACAAAGUGCACAGGAUGCAGGACUUCGAUGGACAAGUGGUCCAGGUCGUCUGUGGUCAGGACCACAGCCUGUUCCUCACAGACAGAGGCGAAGUCUAUUCUUGUGGAUGGGGCGCCGAUGGGCAGACAGGCCUGGGUCACUACAACAUCACCAGCACCCCCAGCAAGCUGGGUGGAGACCUUGCCGGAGUAACUGUUGUCCAGGUCGCCACCUACGGCGACUGCUGCUUGGCUCUGUCUGCAGAUGGAGGUGUCUUUGGCUGGGGGAAUUCCGAGUACCUGCAGCUGGCUGCUGUCACCGACUCCACACAGGUGAAUGUCCCUCGGUGCCUGCCUUUCUCUGGAGUAGGCAAGGUGAAGCAGGUGGCUUGUGGUGGCACAGGCUGUGCCGUACUGAACGAAGAAGGACAUGUUUUUGUCUGGGGCUACGGAAUUCUUGGGAAAGGACCAAAGCUCUUGGAAACAGCUCUUCCGGAAAAGAUCCCACCCACGCUCUUCGGUUUGACGGAGUUCAACCCCGACGUCCGGGUUUCCCAGGUCCGAUGUGGGCUCAGCCACUUUGCCGCGAUCACCACCAAGGGUGAGCUGUUUGUGUGGGGCAAGAACCUCCGAGGGUGCUUGGGGAUUGGACGCCUGGAAGACCAGUACUUCCCAUGGAGGGUGACGAUGCCAGGUGAGCCUGUGGACGUGGCUUGUGGAGUGGAUCACAUGGUGACUCUGGCCAAGUCAUUCAUCUGAACCUCCCUCUGGGCCUAUCCCAGGCUGGCCCCAGCCUGUGAACUAUACGACAGCAACAGCUUGGCAGAGGCAGGGCGUGGCCACCAGCAGAGCUUCCGAGGGUACUGGGAGAGGGCCAGGCCUCUGUGUCCUCAGUGGGGACAUUAUACUAGGAGCCUGUGGCCAACCCCACCCCCCCAGGCUCCUGCCUGCUGAACUCAGCUCAGGGCGGCUACUGCUGCCUUGCCAUGGUCCCAAGGAGUGCCCGGGCGUGAGGAGCUUGGAGGGCCGGGCAGAUUCAUUCCAGGGAACAUGGUAGCAUCUGGGGAUAUGUCUUCUGAGACGCUAUUCUGAGGGAAAGUUCACUGUUGAGGAUACACUUGAUAUCCUGACAAGACACUCAGAAAUUCUUCUGUCACAAGAGGAUAAACUUGGGCCUCAGCUCAGCAAGAGAGCCAGCUGACCUUACCUAGGGCCUCCCUGAUCCGCUGUCACCCCAGAAGUUCCCAGAAGGACACAGCCCAGGAGCCCAGAAUGCCUUGGCUUGAGACUGCUGGAGUGGCCAGUGGGCGGCAGCCCCCCACUCAGGUCUGCAGUGCCCCGGCCUCGGGCCCUCCUCACUGCUGCCUUUGAACAACCCAGAGGCCCCGAAGAAGGACUCUGUGGGCCAAAUGCUUGUGGGCUGAGGCUGUGGAAUCUUGGCUGAAGGGCUGGCCUUGGAGUACGGAGCCUCAGAAACUGGGAAAAUACUUGUUUUUGAGAAAGCUUGUCUUUUCCUUUUGGAACAGCGUUUGAAAAGGUCUUCUGGAAUAAAAUCUAUUUUCUGCAUUUUUAAAGAA